AUAAUUUGCCACUGGAAGGAGCGCACUCACAAUUCGAAAAUAUUACGAAAUUCAACUGCAAUACCCACCAGCACUUCUAUCAGCUUAUGGUGUUGGCAUGGAUAACACAUCUCGGGCCAGUCCCGUUCUGUCGAAGCGUUUCUCUCUUUCCGCAAUUGCAGCGCAGGCCUUGACAACAGACAAGACAACGAUGUUCGUCACCUACACCGCCGAGCUACGCAGCGAUCGGGACGUAUACAUGUUUGGGAUCGAUCGAUGCUAUACGACAGCCGUUCGGGCGAACCAGCGCGUGGAGGUGCUGGCGCACUGCAACCCGAACUUCCGGUCCGUGGAGACGAGAUUAAAUAUAAUCGAUAGUGACACUGGAUGCAUGACAUCGACGUGGGGUCGAUAUGGAUCGCAGAUUCGCUUCAUUGCACAGGCAAAGAAGGUUGAUAUGGCCGGACAUGUGCUGACGAACAAGUCCGGUGCUAUGUGGGAGGCUGACGGCAGUAAAGAGAAGAGGGACGUUGGCUUGUUUCUCGCUGAGACGCAGCUUGAUCUCGCGGACCAUGUCUGGGUUGUGGCGAUACACAAGCCAGCUGCCUUGCAUAGUCAAAACUUAAUGCUUGCUCGACGACUCUCCCAGGGUGCCGCGAGUGGUAGUGCUGGCUUAUCCUCCACCUCAGGCAAACCACGCCGCCCAUCUGUCGUGGUCAAGAACCGUCUAAGUCGUAUAACCGAGACUGGGAAUAGUGGCGAGCCCGACGUGGAAACAAACUGCGAUUUCGGCUGGAGCAUCGACAGUGUUCAUAGCGCCAGCGACAAAGCAAUUGCGCGCGCCAAGCGUGUGUGGAAUGAGCGCUUCAAGAUCAAAGGGCGCUGCAGGAAGUUCAGAGAGCAUUAUGGCUUUGCUCGUUAUUCUCUCAAACCAGCUCUCAUCACGGGCACUGACGCCCAGGACUUCGAAACCACGUGUCAAGUCCGCAUUGAGCGUGUAAGAGUCGUGCCGUACGAGGCAGAAUUAAAGGAGCUUUCCAUUCUGCGAUCUAAACCAUUAGAGACUUCUGGAAGACUCUUCGUACCACCCAUCCGCAACGUCAAUGGAGAGAUCAUCAGCACGGCAGCUGGCAGACGCACGUCGCUUUUGCGUGAGCUCUACAACAUCGCAGACGAAGCGUUGGGCGACAAAGUCGAGGACGACAAACUUCCACUUGCGCUCAAGAUACGUCAAGAUCGCCUUUCGCGGUGGGCCUCUUUGUCCGAUUCCCGCUAUCGGAAGCAUGACGAAGACCAAGAUAAGGCGGCCGACGCCUACCAUUCCUACGUGCAUCAUGCCGCACCGGCAAAGCCGAACGAAGCAAAGCUGAUCACGAGGGUGCCUUCUCACGCGUUCAUGAGAGCUCGGGCUUGCAUGGCGGUCGCUGUGCGAGACGAUUCGAAGCAGCAUAUUAGCAGCAAUCCUGCCGCUUAAGCUUGGGCCGACUUCGAAACACUCGUAAGCGCUGGUAGAGCAAGCUCUAGGAUUGUUCAGCGUCGCGUCGUGUAUAAGUAGUACCACCCACAGAUGCUGACGCUUGGGUCGGCGAUACAUGAUCUUGGCUGCUGUGCUUUGUAAAUGGGGCCAGCUGGCAAUAGAUUGCAAAGCGGGCCUCCAUGCUUUGCCUGGUCAGGUCAACAGGCAGGCAGACUUGAG